AUGGGUCCCAUACGCAGCGCCCGCAGCUCCCGCCACGACUCAGACCUCAUCGCCCCUGACCCGAAACACAAGUCCUCUCCCCCACCUCGCUCCUCCACCAAGACCGGCUCCCGCAAGGUGCAACGCACCACCCACCGAGGAUCGGCAGUCGAAGCCCCCGCUAUUCAUGUGGACAAGGCGUCGAAAACCAACACCACCGCCGGAUCGGCGUCGGAGAAACAGAUACAGCCCACCACCACAACGCUCCUGAUUGACCGCCACCCAUUCACCACCCCGCACGACCCCGUCCAGGCAUUCCAUGCCACAAGGGCACAGACAAUCGCCUUUCUGCGUGCCGUGUCAGGCGGGGCGGCGGAAGCGCAGAUACGGGAUUUAUCUUUGCCCGCGGCUCCUGAUGGCAGCGGCAGUACCAGAGAGAUUUCCAUCGACAACCAGACCUUCACGAUCCCCGCCGGCGCAGUGCCCGCCUUCCUUGCCACCCGUGAGAUGACGAUCGCGUCGUUUCGGCACGUUACAGAGGGGAGAGCAGGCGCGCGGGAUAUGGCCUUUGUGUUUGGCACCGCCGCUGAGACAACACCCGAGCACAGCUCUCAGAACGCUCUGACUCGAAUUGACUCCCGUGCUGGUACGCUCACUAGUGCUGUGCCUUGUCGUCGAGCAGAAGAUGAUGCUACACCCGCUACUCCCACCACCGCCCCUACCGCCGCUACUACCCGCACCCUCCUCAAGCUGGAUUCCGCAAGCUUGAACAGCCGCAACACCUUCCUUGGCAAUUUUCACGACAUCGAACACGCGCAGCGCGAGCUCGGCAUGAACAAGUCGUGGUGCAGGGGGAAGUACAUCGACGGGCUACUAUCGCUCGGUUGGGGGUUUGCGGAGACGAGGGAGCUUGUGAGGAUUGACAGGUUUCCCAUGCCUAAGCCCAUGGUGCAGUUCCAGAGACCACCGGCCAGAGUUUCCAACGAGCUCAUCCCGGUUGAGAGCGCCAAGACCCGAGAAUGUUUCUUCAACUUAAAACGGUUCUUACUCGGUCAGUUCUUCCGUGACAUCGCGCACGUGCGGCGCGAGCUGAAUAUGGGUGAAUCAUGGUGCAGAGGGAAGUAUAUCGAGGGGCUAAUCUCACUCGGUGGAAUAUUUGCAGAGACGAGGGAGGUUGUCGGGGAGGUGAAGUGUAGCCGGUGCAUUUUGUCGGCGGAGCGACAUGGAGUGGAUGUGGUGUGUAGGGUGCUGGUGGGAGAAGAUCCGCGCGUCACGUUGACGAAUCAGAGGUGUGGGUUCUGCGCGCAGAGGUCAAUUCUGUGCAAUGUGGAGGAGGAUUUGGAGGAUUAG